AUGGCUCCGGCAUUGGAUCAACGCGGCGCGCCAGCAGGGGGGAACACGGAGCGCAACCGAAGCCCCCCAGCUUUUCUCGAUCUCGCCAACUCGGCCGCACGACAAGGGGCUAAUUUACCCGAUGUAAACUCUCGUAUCGAGCAGAAGCGCAUGGAACACGAGCGCCAGCGCUUGCAACAGCGCAAGAUUUUCGAGGAGCAAAUGCGUAUGCUUGAGCACCAGCAGGCUCUCGAGGAGCAGAAACUUAUGGGCAGUCCUGCCCUCGGUGGAGGCCCCCUCAACCCCGCCCUCUCCCUCAUCGGCGGCGGAGCUAUGCAGCACCAUCCUGCCAUGUCGGCGCCUACCACUCCUCCUCGCACCAACAGUGUUCUCCCGAUGUCCUCGCACAAUAUUGAUAGUGAUCUCGCUGCUGCGCUCUCGUCCCACGGGCUUGCCCCUGGAAGUCGCCUCAGUAGCGGAUCGUUAUUCAGUGGUGUCAGCUUCGGAACGCCCCAGAGCGCAUUUCACAGUCCUGCCAACACGACCGAAAAGCGCAAAUCCGUCAAUUACGCUGAUUUUGCGGAAUACAACACUUAUUCACCCGAUGCAACCACACACGCUCACACGGUCGCGAUGCCCUCAGUCUCUCAGUUUGGCUCUCAUACACACACCGCGGGUGCCAAGAGCAUGCCAGGGUCUUUCCAUUCGGGACUCGAACACUCCCAACAACCCGGCCAGACUGGCAUCCUCAAGAACGGUGUUGGUGGCGUUUUUGGUCCUACGACCUCCCAGUCUAAGACGUUCAAUCCCGGUUUUUUGCUCGACGAAGAACUCGACAAGGAAGUGUCCCGUGAUAUGCAUAAAUCUGUCAACUUUCUCCCCCUUUCGUCCGAGGAAGAGCCCAAGUCGCUACUCAAGUCUGACUCGUACUCUAAGCUUUCUGCGUCCAGCGCUGCUCUCGAUCUAGCACCUCUCUCGCAAACGCCGCCUAGAGGCCCUGGUCCCAAUGGACGGCUCGACAACUCCAAGUCGUCCGAAUGGCCUCCAUUCUCUGGUGGUGUCCGCCCGAACGAACAGGCACGCAUGCGCAAUGUCACAAAUCCUGGCACCAUUGGCGGUUCGCGUCCUUCGUCUGGCAUGGGAGGCCAUACGUCAUCUAGCCCAACUACGAUCCCGGGAGAUGUCGGGAUUGCCAAUGCAUCGGCGAGGAGUGUCCCGGCGACGCCCAUGUCUGCUCGUCAGAACAUCCCCGGUAAAACGGUUGGAUUGCCUUCUGGAGAAGUUGGUUCGUUCAAUGAACAGAACAACGGUACAUACAAUAUGAAUCGCCUUUCCGGAGCUUUCGAUACCCCUGUGACGUUUAGCUCUGUUCAAAGCUCCGGAAACGAAGAAAACUUUUCGAAUAACCUAAGUGGCGACAUUGGUGGUGCUCAAAACUUUAAUUCUUUUGACUAUGAUGGCGGCGCGCGCAACAACGCCCAUAGCGGAUCGACCGCGCUCUACCAGCACAAUGGCUCUCGUUACGGCCUUGCGCUCGGGAAUGGACGUUUUAUGUCUCAAGAAAACAACAAAAUGAGCGGAUUACAUGGCACCAAACACAAGCGAGGCGAUAUGGAUCUCAACCGAUUCGCAGGCACGCGUUUGGAAGACCUCGUCGGCGAAAUCCCCGCCUUGUGCAAGGACCAGCAUGGCUGUCGCUACCUCCAGAAGAAAUUAGAGGAGGGUGUCCCUGAGCACCGCGAUAUCAUUUUCCAUGAAACGUUUAGUUUGUUUGCUGAGUUGAUGACCGACCCAUUCGGCAACUACUUGUGCCAGAAGCUUCUCGAGUACUCGACGGACGAGCAGCGCAACAUGAUAUGCGAGUCGGUCGCGCACGACUUGGUUGGGAUUUCCUUGAACAUGCACGGUACUCGUGCCGUUCAAAAGAUGAUUGACUUUUUAUCUACUCAGCGCCAGGCUAAUCCAUCAUCUUAUGAUGCCCAGAUACACUCGAUUAUUAUGGCAUUGAGUAUGCACGUCGUCACGCUCAUCAAGGACCUGAACGGCAACCACGUAAUCCAAAAAUGCUUGAACCGGUUGAUCCCUGAAGACAACCAGUUCAUUUACAAUGCCGUUGCCGCUCACUGUGUUGAAGUCGCCACCCAUCGACACGGAUGUUGUGUUCUUCAGAGGUGCAUCGAUCACGCCUCCGAUUCUCAGCGCAUCCAACUCGUCACCGAGAUCACAUUUAAUGCGUUGACGCUUGUACAAGACCCCUACGGCAACUAUGUUGUCCAAUAUAUUCUUGACUUGAACGACAACCGCUUCAGCGAUGCUGUAAUUCGUCAGUUUAUUGGAAACGUUUGUGCACUUUCGGUUCAAAAAUUCAGUUCAAACGUGAUCGAAAAGUGCAUCCGUGUGGCGGAGCACAACACCCGGAAGAUGCUGAUUGAGGAACUUCUUAAUCGAAACCGCCUGGAGAAGCUUUUGCGUGAUUCGUUUGGAAACUACUGUGUCCAGACUGCCCUUGAUUACGCCGAGCCGACGCAACGUAUGCUCCUGGUCGAAGGAAUCCGCCCGAUUUUACCUCUGAUCAGAAACACACCAUAUGGCAAACGUAUCCAGAGCAAGCUUCAGCGUGAGCAAAUGGAGAACCAUCAGCAGUACGGUGGCAAUCACGGUGGCUACAACCCAACUCACGCUGCGCUCGUUAACCUUGCGAUGAAUGGCAAUGGUAUCGGAAUGGGCGGCCGUCACGUCUCCCAACCUUCGGUCCAUCACAGCCCGCUCGCCGACGCAUACAAUCGUCCUAAUUUGUACAACAUCCCUCAACAAAUGCACCACGGCAUCCAACAACAGCCGAUUGAUCAUUAUGGGACGCCUCACAUGAUGGCCUCGAACCUCCAUCACUCCCCAAUGACCACGACUGCUGCAUUCCCGAACGUCUCCGGAUUUUCGAACCCGAUGCCGAACAACUAUGGUGCUCUCGGUAUCUCUGCUGGCAUGAGCGACCCCUACCAACGUGCCAACUUCCCCUACGGCAUGUAA